AGCAAUGCUGGGAUUUUUUGGUCCCCUGUAUGAGCAACUAGUAGGGAUGCUGCGUAAGCAGCAAGGCCAGCUUGCCUUCGACACGAUCGAUCGAGUUAAUGCUUGGUUCACGCCGUUUGUCCUGGUUGCAAUGACACUGGCUAUUUCUUGCAAGCAAUACUUUGGACAGCCUAUCAAAUGUUGGACACCACGAGAGUUUUCUGGUAGUUGGGAUGGAUAUGUGCACGAUUUCUGCUUUAUCGAGAACACCUACUUUGUGCCAAACGGAACCGAAGUGACAGAUGAGGCUCGUGGCGGUCGUCACAUCAACUACUACAGAUGGGUACCACUUGUCCUUCUUUUCCAAGCUGCCAUGUUUGUGCUCCCUUAUCAUCUCUGGAAUUUGUUUCACAAAAGAACCACAAUUAACCUCAAAGGAUCUUUAAGAUUUUUUGAAGGAGCUUUGAAAAAAUUGGAGCCAGCUCAAGCUUGUGAGUCGUUUGCCGGAGAGAUUUGGAACAGACUCAGCGAUAUUCGCAAUUCAUCAAACAAGUUAUACGGAUUUCAAGCUACCAUCAAUUACUUCUUGCUCAAGUUAGGAUUCAUUGUCAAUUGCAUUCUGCAAAUGGUUCUUCUGAAACAUUUCCUUGACGUGGAUGACUAUUUCUGGGGAUUCUUCCAUUUGUGGAACGUUGAAUUCAAAGGAACUGCUGAAAAGGAAGAUAGUAUCUUCCCCCGUAUUGUACUUUGUGAUUUCAAAGUUCGCAAUCUCGGACAACAGCAUCAACACACAGUUUCUUGCAUCAUGAUUCUCAAUAUGAUUAUUGAAAAGCUUUAUAUCUGCUUCUACUUUUGGCUCAUCUUUGUGUUCGUUGUUACCACCGCUGGAAUGAUCCAUUUUGCUUUCCAGAUUCUCUUCAGAAGACACAGCCUUAUUCCCACAAAUUUGAACAACAAGAAUAAAAUGAACCCAACGCGCUCCCACGAAUUUAUCAAGGACUAUCUCAACUUCGAUGGAUGUCUUCUCCUCACAUACGUUGACGCUCAGUUUGGUGCUUUCAGAACUUCUCAAGUCAUUGAUGGACUUGUUCACCGGUUUACCAAUGAGCUUGACUCUGAUUCAUCUGCUGUGACAUCAUUGAACGAAGAUCAUCCCGAGAGAUAUGUUGCAUUCAACACUGACACUAUCCCAAUGGAUCGAUAUGCGCGCAAGCAUCACUCUUUGAUCGAAGAAGUCGAUGGUCCAUCAGCUCCACCAGCAAAUGAGGAGAAAAAAGAAAUCUAAUCAUUUUCAAAGUUCUAAACUACUCCAUUCAUUGUUUCUUUCUCAAUCGUUCUCACCUAUACUGGUUUCUCAUUGUGCAUCAAGAGUUUUCACUGUCUUCUCGUCCAUCACCAGCCAUAUUCAUAAUUUCUUUCAAUUUUCGAUAUCUGAUACGAUCAAAUUAAAGUUUUUCGUCG